UGUACCAUAAAGACCCGUUCCAAAAAGCUUGUUACUUCAUUAGGCUUUUCCAAUUUUUCUGCUUUCAGCAUCACUACUACUUGUAGAACCAUCUCAAUUCUUUUUGACUCAAUCACUUUAUUCCUUAACUUUCUCUCACCCAAAAAUUACACACACACACACACAUGAAAACACUUAAACAAAACCAACACCUUCAAAUUCUGACAACCACAUUUUAGCAUUUAAUCUCCCAUGUUUCAGCCUAUUUCAACCUCAUUUUCCUCAAAACUUAAUAUCAUUAUCAUCAUCAUCUCAGCUUCAUCUUCACUUUUUGUUUUUCACCAGCUUUUACAUAAUGGUUCAAUGUAUUAAAAAGCUUCAAAUUUCAUUGCUUUUAUUAUUUAUCUUGUUACUCUGCAUAUUUGGUUACUGUCAUGGCUCAAGAACCAACAAUGUUUUCAAAGCUAAGCCAAAGUAUCAACACACUGGUCACUUUUUUGGUUUCUUGCCAAGAAGAAUACCAAUACCUUUCUCUUCUCCUUCAAGGAAACACAAUGACAUUGGCUUGCAAAGAUGGAAAUCACCCUAAAGAUUCAGAAAUUUAGCAGUUUUGUGAAAAGGUGACUUUUGGGUUUUUUGUUUCAAUUAACUCUGAUCAUGUACAUUGGGGGUAUGAAGGUCUUUUUAAUGGUUCAUUCAUUGUUUUUUGAGUCUCAUGAUGACAAUGUAUUUUGUUUUAGAUGAUGUAAUAGACAUAAUAUUAUUAUGAUACAUUGUCAAUGAUUUAUUAACUGGAUUUCUCUUUUUUGAGUUUAAGGAGGAAAUUAAUUAAUGUAUGCUUAAAUUAACUUUGAUGUUGUUUUUCUUCUUUUUCAUUUUGGAGUA